AAGAUAAGGCGGACAUUAGCAAUACAUCGCUAAUCUGGAAAGCUAGCGUGAAUUUAAUAGUGUCAAAAUGUGUUAUAUCCAAAAACUGAGAACGUUGGUGCAGCAGAGAGUAAAUACUGUUGUUGAAGAGAUAUUUGGGCUGUUUGAAAGAACCAUAGCAGAGUACGAGGAGGAACUUUCGAGAACAAAAAAGGAGAACAAGCGACAACGCGAACUGCUGAAUGCAGUUUUCAAGCCUUCUGUUCGUUUGCACCGAGAAGAUAUCCAGCGGGUGUCAGUGGAGAGUCACGAAGUGGUUCCCUCUGAGCAGCAGGAAUGGAACUCCAGUGUGGGGCAGGAGUCAGAGCCCCGCCACAUUAAAGAGGAGGAACCAUGGGAGCAGCUUCACGGGCUUGAGAAGGCUGACAUCACCAAGUUCACAUUUAUCGGCGUCCCUGUCAAGAGCGGACAUGAUGAAGCUCAGUCAUCACAGCUUCAUCACUGUCACAGUGAGGAGAACAGACAGGCAGAGCCUCUAAUUCAACACAUGACAACAGAUGAUGAUGGAGAGCGCUGUGGAGGACCACAAGCAGACAGAGACUUUGCUCCACUGUCAGAUAUGGACGACAUGAUGUCAGACUCUUCUGAGACCGAUCACAGCGACGACACCACAGAACAUUUAGAGAGUAAUAAGGACUCUAAAGGUGAUAUGAGACAUCACGCUGACAACAAACACUUUGACUGCUCUGAAUGUGAGAAAUCUUUUGGGCAGAAGGCUCAUUUCAUAAGACACAUGAAAACGCACACGGGAGAGAAACCUUUUGCUUGCUCAGUUUGCGCGAAAAGAUUCUCCUUAAAGGAACACAUGAAAAAACACAUGAUGAUACACACGGGGGAGAAACCCUUCUCCUGUUCAGUUUGUUCUAAAGGAUUCCGAGUAAAGUACGAAAUGAUGAGGCACAUGAAAACGCACACGGGCGAGAAACAGUUUACCUGCUCCGUUUGCAUGAAAAGUUUCUCCCGGAAGGAUUAUAUGAUAAUACACAGAAGAACGCACACAGGAGGACAUUUCAGCUGCUCACUUUGUCCUAAAAGAUUCUCAUGUAAAAGAUACGUGAUGAUACACAUGAGGACGCACUCCGGGGAGAAACCGUUCAGUUGUGAUGCGUGCGACAGAAGCUUCACUUACAAGUAUCAGGUGAACAAACACAAGUGUGCUGGUGCAGGAAGUUAAGCUGCGGGGAUUUAAAUACAUUCUCUGUCUAUGAUAGACAACACUUGAGACGAGAGCAGCAAUUAUGUCGUCCUCAGUAAAAAAUACAACUUGCGGUCAGAAUCAGAGGCUGUAAUGAUUUUAUCUGGUGGUAGUUUUUUUUGUUUAACAAAUACAUAACAUGGAGCACAUGCUUGAAGCAUUUUAUUAUUUCAAAAUUGCAAUUACUUUUAAUUACAUGUUUGUCUUGUAUAUUUCUGGUACUGAAUAUUGUGAUUAACAUGGCACUGAUUAUUGUGUUGAAGCUAUACUGUAUGUCCAGCAAUGGUUUACCCUUUUUUCUUACUCUAUUCAUUCCAUAGUUUGGUGGUUUUCACUGAAAUAUAAAUCUGUCCUUUUAUUCUUUUCCUCAUUAUUUCAUUUACUGAAUUGUGUUUGUCCCACAUGGAAUGGAAUUGUCUUCUGUGUUCACACACACACACAAACAUCCAUUCCAGAAAUAUACUGUAGAUUGUGGGAGGAAGCCAGAUUACCCGGAGAGAACCGACGCACGGGGAGAACAUUA